CACGUCGACCUUUCCGAAGGGAGGGGGUGGGAGGAGGAAGUGGCCGAGGAUGACCCCGGAUGCAAAACCCUUCAUUGUGGCGCUCGGCUUCUGAGUGCGGGACGGUGGGAAACUCAACUUCGGCGGCGUCGGAGGUUGUUUUAGGACCAUCUCUGAUUAACAUGGCUGAAGUAUUCGAAGGUGGAAAGAGGGAGAGAAAAAAAGUGGAAGCUGACAGUGUGAAUGCUAAACAGUCAAUGGUGGAUUCCUCUAUAUUUGAAAAUGAUGAUAAAACUUCAGAUAAUAAAUAUUGUGGUGAAGAUCAAACAGGAGAUGGGAAUGCUGCUGGUGACCGAACAAGAAAGAGAAAAUGGACUGAUGAAACUGAGGAGGUCCCUGCAAAGAAAAUGGUUGGUGGCACUGUUACUGGGUUUCCAGAGGAUGGAAAGGACUUGGCUGAAGAAGCAAAUAGAGCAACUUUUCCAGAUUCUGAUAUAAAGCCUGUUAGUACUGUAGAAGAUCAUAAAACGAAUAAAGAAUAUUGUGACACAACUGAAAGAGAAACCCCCAGUGCUUCUGAAAGCAGAAAAGGAGAAAAGAGAAAAAGGGAUUCAGAAUCUGAAGAGAAAGCACAUACAGAAGCUGUAGCAGCACACUAUAACAAGCUUGAAGAGGUUGGAUUACAGCAACGGAGUAUGAGUCGCAUUUUCUAUCUUCGAAAUUUUAACAACUGGAUAAAGAGUGUACUCAUUGGUGAAUUCCUUGACAAAGUACGACGGAGGAAGCAAAACAUUACAGUGUUAGAUCUGGGAUGUGGCAAAGGUGGAGACUUACUGAAAUGGAGAAAGGGCCAUAUCAGUAGGCUUGUAUGCACAGAUAUUGCUGGUAUUUCUGUACAGCAGUGUGAACAGCGGUACCAAGAUAUGAGAAACCGUGGUCGUCGCGAUGAGCGAAUUUUCAGUGCAGAAUUUAUAACUGCCGACAGCACCAAGGAACUUCUGUCCCAAAAGUACAAAGAUCAGAACAUGUCCUUUGACAUCUGCAGUUGUCAGUUUGUGUACCAUUAUUCAUUUGAGACCUAUGAGCAAGCUGAUAUGAUGCUCCAAAAUGCUUGUGAGCGACUGAGUCCUGGUGGAUAUUUCAUUGGUACCACUCCAGAUAGCUAUGAACUUGUAAAGCGUCUUGAAGCUUCACAAACAGACUCAUUUGGGAAUGAAAUAUACACAGUCAAGUUUGAGAAGAAGGGAGUAUAUGACAUGUUUGGCUGCAAAUAUGAUUUUAACUUGGAAGGUGUGGUUAAUGUCCCCGAAUUUCUAGUAUAUUUUCCACUGCUGGAAGAAAUGGCGAAGAAAUAUGGUAUGAAACUAAUCUACAAAAAGACUUUUGAGGAGUUUUAUGAAGAAAAGAUUAGGAAUGGGGAACAUAAAUUGCUUCUGCAACAAAUGCAAGGAUUGGAGAAAUAUCCUGCUGAUGAGAGUUCUGGGUUAGCUUCAGAUAAAAAAGAAGACUAUGAGCAUGCAGAAGUGCUCAGGAAAGAUAAAGACGUAAAGCUACCUCUUGGAACUAUGAGUACAUCUGAAUGGGAAGCAACAAGUAUCUACCUGAUAUUUGCAUUUGAAAAGCAACAGUAGAAGAAUAAAACAAAACUAAAUGCAGUAAAUGUGCUUGAGCAUCCAAAGUGACAACUAUUUUAUAUUUUUAUGUUUAAGCGUGUGCAGGACACAGCCAAAUUGGGCAAGCGUACAUAGGACUGGUGGUUGCCUGUCUGUGACAGAUGGAACACUUGUGUGUAUUGGUAUAUAAAUACAUGAAAUAGGAACUGGGCCUUCCUUUGCUUGGGAUCAUUAGGUCCUACUUUUUGCAAAUAGCAAGCUUUUUGGAAAUACUCAGGGUGUUUACAAACACAUGGUUGCCAUUUGCUGACUGCUUAAAAACCUACUUCAUGGCAGCUAUUACUGUAUGAUGAUCCACUUAUAGUAUAGCUUCCAUCCAUGUGGUAAUGUAACUGUUGCCAAGGGACUGAGGAUUUUGGUAAUUGUAUUACCAGAAGCUGCAGAUUAGCUAGCUUUGGAUUUUGUCAGAGCUUUCCCAAAGUAAAUUUUGAAGUUAUCACCAUCUGGCCAAUAUUAAUUUGAAAUUUCCCAUCAUGAGAUAAUGCUGAACUGUAUAAAGUUGUAAACAAGUACAUUUGCAAGUGCUGAGACAAAUGAGGUGGCACCAGGGCCUUCUGCUAUCAGUUGGAAAACUGUUGCCCCUCUUUUGGAGCUAUGCAAUCUGUUGUCUCUUUUUUUCCAGAAAAUAUCCCCCUUUCAAGCAAUUUCAGUGGAUGACAUUAAUUUUGGCUCAGUUGAAUGUAGCUCUGUGUGCCUCAAGAUGCCAGGCUUGGUUCCUCAUUCAUUGUCUGAGCUUUUCUAUAUCUCCAUUUCAUAAUGCAGUACUUUAAGUGUUAAAUAAUUGUAGUCUGUAAGUGUGGUGGGAGCAUAUUUGGAAGACUAUUCAUUUGCUAUUUGUGUUCAUUGGUUUGUAAUGCCUUUUCAUUGUCCAUGAUCAAGAUUAAAUGGAUUUCUGUUUUGUACUUCUGGUGUUAGCUACCUGUGUAUUCAUUUAGAAUAUUUCAAAGUACGGGAUGUAGCACACUAAACAGGAUGACAAUAAUUACGGCUCAGUUGAAUGUAGCAUUACUUUAGGAGCCAUUUCAUUGGCAACAAUAUUUGAACAGGAGUUAUUCAAUGAGGGAUUAAAGUUUGCAGAUCAGGACUGCUUUGCACAUAGAUUUUCCAUUGGGGAAGUUACUUGACAUACAGUGGUACAUUAUGCAUUGGUACAUGAUGAACAUACGGGUUUUAUUUUGCUGUGAACACACAAGGAUACAUGAUUAUAUAUGUGUAUUUGUUGCAUGUGAGAUUAUUUGUUCUAAUAUGUGUAAGAGUCAGGUAAAGAAUUGUUAGGAGAUAUGUGGUGUUUGUGAGCAUACCAUAUGGGAGUGCUGAGAGAAGCCUAUGAUUAAAGCAGUGGUUCUCAACCUGUGGGUCCCAAGAUGUUUUGGUCUUCAACUCCCUGAAAUCCUAACAGCUGGUAAACUGUCUGGGAUUUCUGGGAGUUGUAGGCCAAAACACCUGGGGACCCACAGGUUGAGAACCACUGGAUUAAAGCCUACUUUGUAUAAUAAACUUGCUACGCAUAAGAAGCUGUCAAAGAGAAGAAUUUAACUUAGUCUCCAGCUUACUUUUUUGUCCUGUAUAGAGAGAACUUUGCUGUAAGAGGCUUUAACUGUAUGAUCAGCAACCUGCAGCCUGAAGUAGUAAUUAAGUCAAGGAAUGGCUUUACCAUCAUGUGUGCAAGAACUUUCUCACUUUUUCUCUGGAUACUCUUGGGAAUUGUAAGCACAGCCUAUAUUUACAAGCUAUGAGGAUUUUAAAAUGUUGCAAUUCUUUGGGGUUACUUCUGUCUGUUGAAAACCCACAUUUUGUGCAUGCCUACUUUUAAAUGAGUCAUUUCAGUAUGUUUCUUCAGAAAUCCUCAAUUCUUGAGGGACACUCCAUUCUCCUGUCUUGAUAGCUUUGCCACUUGUAACAGCUUCCUGGUAUCAAAUGCCCUGAUAAGUCAACUCCAUCUUGCAAUAAAGUGAAGUAUAUGUGUUCAUGAGUCAGUGUUAUAUAUAAAAAUGUGUACAGAUAUAUCUUACAUGUUACCAACUUUGAAUUCGGUGUUUCUGUUUAAAGUUAGGUGUUCUGUUUCCAGUUGCAAACUUUUUCCUUAUACCAGGAAAAUGCAUCCAAAUAUCUUACUGUGACUUGAUUAUAGUAAGAACAGUAAGGGGGGAUAUGAAAUUGUAACUACACCAUCAAUUGAAAUGUGGAUGGCUUUACACAUUUUGAGGUGAGAAAAAUGACCCUCUGGCAUGCGAGAUCCCAAUGUGAUGACUUGCUGUUUCAUAAUUAUGCUUCACGUGAAGAUUGAAUUCAAUCCCAGUGUUUAUCUGAUAUGUACUGGGUAAUGUUACGGUGGGUUUCUCUAUCUCACUUUAACCUGUGAUUAUUCCAUAUCACCAGGUAGAAUACACAUUAAUAAUUUAACUGAUGCACAUUUAACAUAACGUGUGUGUGUGUGAUUACUGUCAUAUAGUUUUAAUUCUGUAAUGUUUUCUGGGUGCUUUGUUCUUCUUUAAAAUUGUUUUCACCCUCAUUCAUCCCAUCAGUUUCCAGCAGUGUAAGUGCAAGUUAUGUCAUGUCUAACGAAAUUCUCGGAAAGCUGGCAAUGAUUGUAGAACCUGCAUUUUUCACACACUGUUUAUUAGAUUUUUGAAAAUCAUUGAUGGCCUAAAACAACAGUUCUCAUUUAUGUUCUUCUGUUGUAUAACUGCAUUCAUAACUAGUGAAGUAAAAUAAAAAAUUUCUGCUGUUAGAGGUAAACAUUUGAAAACUGGAUGUACUUUGUCCUGGUAACCUGGAAUGUUGAUUUCAAAAUAAAGCCAGUUGUACUAUA